AAACUUUUCAAACCAUAACGGCCUAAUCUCUUUUCCUACAAUCCCAGACAGACACUCAACCAUGGAGCCAACACCACCCGCCAAAUCCACCACACAUCCGCCGCCGCCGCCGCCGUCACUCCUCCGGCGAUUAGUCGCAAUAGACACCAAGCUCUCUCAACACAUCCACAUUCUCGCCAAACCCUUCCUCCCUCACUUCGUCCUCCUCCUCCUCGAACUCUCGGCCGACUUCCGAUUAUUCUUCCCCGUCGCCCUCUCCCUCCUCCUCGCCCCGCUCCUCAGCCCCGGCCCAGGCCCAGGCCCAAACCCGAACCCGAACUCCAGCCCAAUCCAACUCCUCCGCCCCUUCCUCUCCCCUCUCCUCCUCGGCCUCCUCCUCGACCUCGCCCUAAUCGGCCUCAUCAAAUUCACCGUCCGCCGCGCCCGCCCCGUCUACAACAAGAACAUGAACGUCGCCGUUUCGGUCGACCACUUCUCCUUCCCGAGCGGCCACGCCUCUAGGGUUUGCUUCGUCGCCGCUCUCUUCUACCUCUCCGCCGCCGCCCUCGCCGAUGCUCUACUCCACCUGAGGUCGUCGUCGCCGCCGGCCGUCGAGCGCUGGAUCGGUGCCGAUCAAGACAAGGCCGUUAGUGUUCUGGUGUCGGUCGUUUGGGCCUGGGCAGCGGCCACUUCCAUCUCUAGGAUCUUGCUCGGCCGCCACUUCGUCUCCGACGUCGUCGCCGGAGCUUGUUUGGGCGUGGUUGAGGGUGCAGUAGCUUUUCAUUUCCUCAGAUUUUAAGCUCAUUGUCUGAUGGAGGUGACAUCUGACUGGAUGAUGGUUUCUGACCAUAAACUUUAGGAUUGUUCCGGACUAAAGCAAACUGGAUUUCGUCUAUCCCAUGUGCAAAUCUGCUGCUGUUGGAAAUUCUGUUUUCUUCAACAGUAGGUCUGGUGUGAUAACUUUUUCAAGGUCUGAGAUGCUCCUUUUCCUUUGAUGACGGAACCCUUGGAUAUGGAGUUGAUUUGGCCGUCAACCAUGAUUUUAUAAAUUUAUAGCAUGGUUGGAUUGCUAUUCCAGAUACUUCUAGAUUUUGGGGAGUAAAGAUAAACUCGGGCAGUAUAGACUAUAGAGAAGGAUGUUUCCUCCACGAUUAUAUAUACGGGGGCAGUUCAAUGCAAGUAUGCGGAUACCAAAGAUGCUGGAAAAUUCCAUCAUUCUUGAGUGGAACUUCCAUGCUUCAACGGCUUCCGCCAUUCUUUCACUGGAUUUGUAAGUGCUGUGUUUCUCCAAAUGUAUUAAGCUCGGUAUUUAUCAUGCAACUACAUUGGAUAAGCUGUCUAUUCAUAGUUUGAAAAUAUAUAUAUUUAGUCAAAGGAGAAAUCACGAUCAGCUUUCCCAAUCA